CACCUACCGGAUGUGUCGUCGAUGUUUGACCUUAUCACGUUUGACAGACUGUCGGUGGCUUGCUGCCAUGGUGGCUGCACGGUGAAAUUAAUCCCGACAGGAGUAUAACAUGAAAAUACUUUUCUUUUGAAUGGUCUUGCCAAAGUAAACGCAGGAAACAAUGGUGAAGUAUUUCUGCUGCGGAGGUUUGCUCAAAAGCAACUGGGACCAAGUUUGUGUUGCUUUCUGGCAACGAUAUCCCAACCCUUACAGUAACCAUGUUUUGACUGAAGAUAUCAUUUUCCGAGAGGUUACUCCAACCAACUGCCUCAUUUCUAGACGUCUCUUGACCAAAACGAGCCGAGCGCCUCGCUGGAUGGAGCGGUACCUUCCAAAGCACAUGGCCAGCUCGGCAUACAUCAUUGAGGACUCUAUUGUGGACCCUCAGAAAAGGACCAUGACCACACUCACAUGGAACAUCAGCCACGCUCGCCUCAUGUCCGUGGAAGAGCGGUGCGAGUACCAAAUUAACCCUGACAAUAGCAGCUGGACACAGAUAAAAAGAGAAGCUUGGAUCUCUUCCAAUAUCUAUGGGCUCUCCAGAGCUAUUCAGGAAUUUGGUCUUGCAAGGUUCAAGACCAGUGUUACAAAGACCAUGAAGGGCUUUGAAUAUGUGCUGGCCAAAAUGCAAGGUGAAACUCCGUCAAGAACCUUAGCGGAAACUGCUACGGAGCGAGCAAGAGAGACGGCACUGGCAGCUAAGGAGAAAGCCAAAGACCUCGCCUCACAGGCCCACAAGAAACAAUAUGUGUGAUGAGCUGAUGAUGAUAGAACACUAAUACUGUGACAGAUUUAUCUUUAACACCCCAGACAAACUGAUCCCGGUCAUGGGUUAGACACCGUACCUCUAUGAGGAAGCUGCCAACUCAAAUGGUGGGUGGACCAUACAAGGCCUGAGCUGGGUUCAAGAGCCUGUUCCAACCUCCUACAAUAUAUUGUACCUUUGAUACUAGAUCGUCUCAGUAUUUACCAUGGAUAGAGUUCUUAGAGGAAUGUUUGAAUAUGGCUCUGAGUGCCAUAAAAUAAUAAUAGAUACUGUUCCUCCGACCUUUGUGCCCAUGAACGUUUACUUUUUACUCUGUUCCUUUCAGUAUGUCAUGUUCUGUAAUAGCUUUGUAUUAUGAACCGCUUAGAUUAGCAUACCAAAUAAGUAUCUGAUUAAUGCAAAUCCAUGUUUAUGAUUUACUGCAGUUGUAUGUUUUGUCACAAAUAAGUGUUAUCGUUUAGUUCAUUUCACCCAACCACACCUUAAUCAUCCUACCAAGACGGAUUGCUUCAAGUUGAAGUUCAUUGACUGAAGAAAGGUCCAUAUUGUUGACGGUCAUAGCUUGAUAAGAAAUACUUAGCAGUAAGAUGUGGUUGCAACGGACAUCAGUGUCUUCACCUAAAUUUAAAAUGCAUGUACACAGGCAAAAAUGUUACCAUGUCUAGUACAUUCAGCUUAGGUCUGAUGAUACAACCCAUGCAACAGUGUGCUCUUACUAUAUCAAUUCAAUAUCAGCUUGUCAAUAAAUGGAGCAUUCCUUUGUAACCAUCA